CUCGGGUGUGGAAGGGAGGAGUUUUAGUCUGAAAACGAAUAUUUUUUUUUAUAAAACUGGCAUUUCACGUUGUUUAGAACGUUCCUAUUUUGCACGGCUGGCCGUCCAACAACAACAAUUCCCUCUCUUAAGGAAAGGCACAGAUUCCCUACUACAGUCCGUCCAGGAAGUGACAAACCUACUUCCCUUUGCAAUUUCAGCUGAUCAGUAGUUGUGAGUGGACGACUCCACAUCAAGAAGAGAGGGGUUUUUAGUGGGAAGUGGAACAGUGGAGGAGAGGUUGGAGUGAAGGAAGACUGCAGGCUGUGUGGACAGGAGAUUCCAGAGAACUUGGGCGCAGCAGAAGUAAAACUCCAACCAGCGGCGAGCGCAGCAGAAAUGAUAUGGGAUUUUUGGACAUUUCCUUGGACUAAGUCUGCCUAAACAAGCUGUCUCAAGCAAAUUUACUAAACAGUCAAGUUGAGUAAUGAAGACAGUAAUAUUCUCACAGCUAGCUUUCGUGCGGACGUGAAAUGGAAGAUGCAGCCUAAAAUGAUACUGACUGACUAUUGUCCCCAAUGUAGUGGAUCCAAAGAGUUACCAUGGUGACUCUUUUAACCAAAGGUCUGGAAAACAAGGGCUUGGAUUAUGGUACAUGCAACACCUUCAGCUCUGAACUGCACCAUCCAAAGAAGAUGAGUAAAGGGCCUACUCUCCUCUCAUGUGGAAUCAUGGAAGGGGAUCGGUGGAGAGACAUCAGCAGGAAGUGUCAAAUUGACCUUGAGCACACCACCAAUAAUCUGGAUUCACCUUGGACUUGUUUGACCGGUUCGGAGAACUGUCAAGUGAAUACAGUCUGGCCAAGUGAUUCAAAUCCAGCAUCUACUGUGACCAGUUUAAUUAAAGACCUCAGUCUCAGUGAUCGAAAUGGUCAUCCGUCAGCACCUCCCAGCAAACGGCAAUGUAGGUCAUUGUCAUUUUCAGAUGAACUAACGAGCUGUCGGUCACCAUGGAAACCUAGUGGGUCAAAGGUCUGGACUCCAGUUGAUAAAAGACGCUGUCACAGUGGGAGCAGUGUUCAACAUUGUUCAAAUGGGGUAUCUACCAUGCAGAGGAGUUCAAGUUUUAGUCUGCCUUCAAGAUCCAAUGUUUUUUCAUUCUCGUGUGAACCCUUGGCUACCAGUAACAGUUCUGUGUGCCCUCAGGGAAAGGGCUUUUGGACCACACCCACUUUUGGAAGGUUUGAAGAUGAUUUGCGUCCUGACUCCAGUUCAGGAGUAGUGUCCGGGGUCGAUCUACUGCGACCUCUUUCCGUAUCUCAUGAGCAGAUAUCUGUGCUGGAGUUUGACACGCCGUCCACAAUGAGUACAUCCGCCGCAACUCCAGAACCUGUGCAGCAGACCAGCCGACUGCUCCGCUGCAGGUCACAGCCAUGUGUCCACAAUGAUCAGAAAGUUGGGAUGAAACGUCGUAGACCAGAUGAAGAUCAAAGACCAUCACUUGACCUUGCCAAGAUGACUCAGAAUCUCAGGAAUUUUCACAGCCCCUGCUCAGUGGGUUCCACUGGGAAUGAUUGCUGCCAGCAGGAACAGACCAUCUCACCGAACUCAACGGCAGCAAAGACAUGGACACCACACGUCUAUGUUUCAGCUCCCAUGCCGGGCACAACCCCCGCCUGCAGUCCAGAACCACAGCAUCAUGGAGACUCAGAAAAGCCCUCUACUAGCAAAGGGGAAACUGGCAGGGAGAACACUAAAGUGUUUGGAGUUGUGAAGCAAAGCUGGCCAAGUGAGAAGAAUGAUAAAGACUCAUGGAGGAAGGAGGAAGCUGGACAAGAUGUGUUUCAGCUGGAUGGUGAACUAGACAUUGAGCAAAUAGAAAACAACUAGGCUAUCAGGUUCUAGGAUGCAUGAGCAGAUGAGAUCUAUAAAAUUGUGCACAGUUUGCUGCAUUUUUUUGUGUUUUUAAACAGUGCUCCAAGGGCAUGUUAAGUCAAACAACUUCACAUCUCAGUAUGUCUAUACCUGAAUAUUCAAUUUGCCAAAAGACAGUCAGACAGUCCUGCCUCUGUGGGAGCAAACCCAAACGGGAUUGGAGGUAAUUUGUUUUUGACCUACUCAUUAUACACAGACAUAAUUGUCCAAGACAUUGGGUUUAAAAGCAUGCUCAACAAAGAGUGGUCGCUCUCUACAUGUUUUUAUCUAAGCUUGCUGGUAGUAGUUUUAUAUAAAAGCUGCUUCAAAUGUAGUGCGAAUGAUCUUUGCCAUUCUGAUUUAGUAAUUGACACUUUUCCCAAUAUCUGCGUCGCCGCCACCCCCCCCCCGCCAAACAAUCCUAACAAAGAUGCCAACUUUCCAACCCCAAACUGUGAUCUCAAUGGACUGAAGCCACAAAAGCAAUCUGUCACAUGCUGCACGUUUGUAUACUGUUUUGUUUUUGUUUUUGUUUUGUUUCCUUGUACUUACCUAUUUAUUUUUAAAACUGCCCUAAUGUUUAGCUUGCUUCACUUUUUUUUCUUGCAUCUCGACUCUGGUAUUGUCUUGCUGUGGUGAGCAAAACAACAGAACCAUUUAAGUUUUUUGACUGCUGUCUUAUGUUUCCCAGCAUGUUUGUACUGCAUUAUUACAGAUAUUUUCCUCCCAUUUUCAAUGAGGGAAAAUAUAAUCAGGAUCAAAAUAUGUUUCUCUGUGUUUGCAAUGGGACUCAGUCGUUAACUCCUCUUCACUGGUGCAAUGAGGCGAUUGAUUGCCUACCUUGCUGUAGAAUUCUGAGGAGUAUAUACCCACUGGUAUCUAUAGAAUGCCACUUGCUGAGCUCUUGACCAAAGGAUAUUAGCAGCCUGACAUUAAAGAAGGGCAGGGCUAAAACAGACAGCAAGAGAUGGGAAAUCACUUAAUAUUUUAUCAGUGAAUUUCAAAAUUAUAGGAAUACUGUCUUCGAACAAAUCUAGUUGCAAAGGAAACUGUCCAGGAUUCCUAUCAGAAUCGGGAGAAUUGGCAUCUCUGGUUUAGACACCACCAGAUUCCCAAUUUUGUGCGUAUGUGUGUAUGUGUGUGUGUGUGUGUGUGUGUGUGUGUCUACUGUAGACUCAGGGUGUCCAUAAAUGGACUUAUAAUAUGAACAUUUUUUUUAAAAACCCACAACUUUUCUUAAUUUAUAUUAAAAUUGUACAAUACAGGACAAACAUGUUUUCUACUGCAAGGAUUAUUUUCUCGUACUGCAUGUAACAAAUUAUCUACAACCUCAUUCUUUGCAAUAUGUUUUUAACAGGAAUUAGUUACAUGGGAAGUUUAACAGUUAAUACCAGUGCUGCUGGUUUCAGAUAGAACUUCAGAAGGCUAUUAUUGUAAGUGAGUUGGGAGCGAGAUCGUGUAUGACGAGGUUACACUUCUAAUGUGUGACUGUCUUUGCUUGCGUAUUACAAUUUCUGGAAUGUCAGGAAUUCCAAGAAGAAAAGCAAGGAUGUCUAUGAAAGUAUUGACUAUUUUAAAACAUUUUUUUCCAAACGUAGACCAAGCAAUAUUUCUGCCGAGACUGCACUAGCUGCAUGUGCGAGAGAAACUGAUGGUAGCACAACGCAUUAUUUAAUGUUGAAGGCCUUGCAACGUGUGGAAUGCUAUCUAGUAUGGGAUGACUCAGAAUUGAGCCAUGAAAGCCACUGGUUAAUUUGUAGUUUUUCCAACCAUUAGUUGCAGUGAUAACGCAGCACUACCUAACCUGUUUGCCUUACUGUACUUCAAAAGCUUACACAGUAAAUGCUACAGUUAUAUAUGGCUAAUCUGGACAUUUCAACUUGAUAUUUAAGGGAAAUUAUGCUAGCAAAUCUCGGUGCAUACUUUGUAUGAAAAGACUGCUUGUAUACAGUGAAUGCAUGGGCUACAGUUGCUGAAAUAAAUUGGAGAACACUGCUGUAUUUCAGAAAAUUUGUAAUGGAGUUCUUAACUAGAAGCAAGGAAGUCUUUAAAGAUUUGAAGCAUGUUCUGAAUCAGUAAAUCUGAUUUCUAUGAAGAGACUGUCUUCAGCAAAACUGUAUCACUUCCUGUUGUUUUACAUGGGCUGUUCUCAAUUUUCAAUAAAAAGA